AUGAGUACAGCAACUAAGCAGAACACGAAACAUGCUGCAAGUGGACCAUGUUGUUUCUUCCUCAAGUAUGGAAAAUGUGUUCCCCCUCGAGGUUCUUGCCGCUUUUCGCAUGAUUUGCAAGACGAUGGUGUCACUCCUUGUUGCUUUGGCCCCACAUGUCGCCUGGGACAUGCUUCCAGAGUGAAGUUUGCGGAUGCAAAGCAAAAGUCGGAGUAUUGGAAAGAAUAUCAUAUGGACGGUAACCUUGACGGUGACUCGCCAGCUGUUCGAGAUGCUACCUUGUUGCGAUCCCAACUCGAACCUUGGCCAACCUCAACCUUACGAACACGUUUGGUGGAAUCCUUUGGGGAAUCAUAUGGUGACUUGGAUGGAUUGGCGAGGGGACAUAUAAUGGAGCGUUUGCUGAAACACUAUGAGAAUUAUGGGGAACGAAAGGAGCUACGAGUCGAUGGAAAAGAAGUGUCGGAACAAGUCCGAAUAAAACUGAUGGAUAAACUGAUAGAUUUUAAAUCCCGACACCAGAAGAACACCAGACCUUCCAUUAGUGCCCGAUCAUAUAUGAUACUGAGAUCGCCGCUAGAGUUUGAACAAAAGAACAGCAACAAUGCCAAGGCUGCUGCCAAGAAGUUCAACAAAUAUUUGGACCUUUGGAACCUGGCAAAAGAGGCUUUGAUGGAAGUUGAUCCCGAAUUUGCAAGGAAUUUCUCGGCAUUAGCCGUGACAUAUGGUUUUCAGGGAAGUCCUCAUAUUGACAAACAAAACACAGCCCCUUUCUAUGGACUGUCAUUAGGUUCCUUUCCUGAAGGGCAAGGUGGGAUCUGUGUCGAAGUAGAUGCUUUCAGUAUCUGUCACGUGAACACCAAAGACCGCUUGGGCAAAGUGGAUGGCCGAUAUCCCCAUUGGGUAGCCCCUUACGAUUCGUCUACGGAACGCUUCUCCUUGAUCUACUAUUCUACCUGGCAAGAGUAUGAACAUCCCAAGCAAGCUUAUUAUGGUGGAGAAGAAUAA